UCUUAAAGUCUCACAUUUUUAAUUAAUCUUUAUUGAGCAGACGUGGACUAAUUAGCGGACAUGGUGCAAUACCGGACAGGUGUUACUCGAUUUAUCCGGGAAUGUCCAUAAUCUUUCUCCAUUCGCAAUUUAUUUCGGGUUUUAUCCUGCGAAUGUGCCCUUUGCCCCUUUAUUUACGCACUGAACUGCGCCAUUCUGAAUGCCCUUGCCGUCUUUAGCUCUCCGUCGUGUGUUCCCCGCACAGAGGUAUCUGGAGACCGCUUCCUCAGCUCGCUGCGAGUGAGGCGCAUACAAAAGUUGCAGCGGUCGCGCAGCUCGUGCGUUAGCUAGCGCGCUCGAGUUCUCAAACGAGCCGUCCGUCUUAAGUAUGAAAACGGCUUAUAUUCGCUGUUGACAGCCUGUAUACGGUGGCACAGAGGGAAUGACAUAAGCUAGUGUUCACACGGAGUGACCGUUUCUGCUUCGACCGCGUACAACCGAAGCGGCGGUAGUUGUAUGCUCGGUGACAUUAGCGUCACUGUCAGCUCGUUCGUCGAUUUUGGCGCGGGUUUUAUUCAGCGUUUGUUGUGUUCGCAUGGCUGAAGGGUAACUUGUACUGGAGUUUUUGGUUGGAGGGGCGUUUACCGUGUUGAAGCUAGCAGGAGCAUUUUGACGGGUAGAGCACGGGCUGUCGGGAGUUUGACAAGCAGCUUAUGUAAUGCUGGCGAUUCCCCGCUCGACCGCAACAGACGAACAAACAGCGGGUAACGUUAUUCAGUGCGACGAAGUUUAUUUCGUGACACGACUUGUAGGCGUCGUCAUUACGGUGCAUUUCUGUGUGAGUUGUUUUUGCGACUGAAACACUGCUGCGCGUCUUGUACUAAUCUAUCGAACAUGCGGGAAGUUCAACGAAAAGCUACCAUCUGAACGCUUAAACCGCUUUGGACUUGUAAAGGAUUAAGAUAUGGACGGUGAACAAAAACGCAGCAGUAACACUGCUGAGAAUUUAACUUUGGAGGAUUGUAUCGAGAGAGGCUUCGUGCCUGAUAUUGGUGUCAAUGUGUCCGCUUUAAAUACGUCAAAAGAUUUCUCGAAUGGACAGAGCGGUAGUGACGCUCAAAGAAAUCUCUCAGUGGCAGAUCCAUCCUUAAUGGGACGUAACAUACAAGAACCAGAUGUUACGGCAUUUAAACCUUUCAGAAUGCAGCACCAGCAAAAGAUAAAAGAGCCCCUCAUUGGGGAGAACUUUUCGCUCUUGGACGAGAGCAUUGCAGACUUAAAUCGUGGUUCUGGCAUCCAGGCCCCUGACACUUUCACAAUGAAAAUGGAGCGGUUUUCCCCGAUAGGGAAAGAUAGGCUGGACUUUCCAUCCUAUAGCCACCUGGAUAAGGAAUUGGAUGGUAAUGAGAGAGUGAUUGGAGACAACACCAUUGACAUCCUUAAGGAUCUGGACUUGCCUGACUCCCUAUCUGACCUGAAUGAGCUCUACGUUGCCGACGAGGCUGCCUUUCUUUCCUCGUUGGCUGUGGAUGAUGCCCUGCUGGGAGAGAGCAACUUUCUGAAGGAUACCAGCCCUGUUGUCACUGGCAACAGUGCAGCCUACACAAAUGUGAACGGCAUGGGGAAACGGCAGCAGAUGGUAGAAGCCAGUGUCAACAUGCCGGUCAUAAAGACAGAGAAAGACACAGACUUUAUCCAGCUGUGUACACCGGGUGUCAUCAAACAGGAGAAUGAGAGGCGGAGCUACUGUCAGAUGUCAGGGAUGGGUGUGCCUCACGGUGGGCCCGCCACUUUGGGAGAUAUGAGCGGACAGGGAUACCACUAUGGAGCCAACACCGCCUCACCUGUGAGUGUACCAGAUCAGAAACCUCCUUUCGGCCUGUUUUCUCCCCUACCCAACUUAAGUGAUGGCUGGGUUCGAGGAAAUGGAUAUGGAGAUCCGUCUGGGAUGCAGAGAGCCAAUGAGACUGUACUUCCGUCCACCUAUCCAUACAGCAGCUCUUUGGCCAGGCCUGAAGCGAGCAGCUCCAGUUCGUCUGGAUCAGUCAAGCCUGGCGGAAACACCCAUAAGAUCUGCCUGGUGUGCUCCGAUGAGGCCUCUGGGUGUCAUUAUGGGGUGCUCACCUGUGGCAGCUGCAAGGUUUUCUUCAAAAGAGCUGUAGAGGGAUGGAGGGCACGACAAAACGCAGAUGGGCAGCACAACUAUCUCUGCGCUGGAAGGAAUGAUUGCAUCAUCGACAAGAUAAGAAGGAAAAACUGCCCGGCAUGCCGCUUUCGCAAGUGUCUUCAGGCCGGCAUGAACUUGGAAGCUCGAAAAAACAAGAAACUGAUGCGAUUACAGGGUCAUUCGUCCUCAAGUGAGCAGGCCCCAGCUCUGCCUGAAGAGCGCAUGUGUUCACUGGUGCCCAAAGCCAUGCCCCAGCUGGUGCCCACCAUGCUGUCCCUGCUCAAAGCCAUUGAGCCUGAGAUCAUUUACGCGGGUUAUGACAGCACCAUCCCGGACACCUCCACCCGCCUCAUGACCACACUUAACCGUCUGGGAGGCCGUCAGGUCAUCUCUGCAGUCAAGUGGGCCAAAGCCCUUCCUGGCUUCAGAAACCUGCACCUGGAUGACCAGAUGACGCUGUUGCAGUGCUCCUGGCUCUUCCUCAUGUCCUUCGGCUUGGGCUGGAGAUCCUACCAGCAGUGUAACGGAGACAUGUUGUGUUUCGCUCCAGACCUCGUCAUAAAUGAGGAGAGGAUGAAACUACCCUACAUGAAUGACCAGUGUAGCCAGAUGCUGAAGAUCACCAAUGAGCUGGUCAGGCUGCAGGUGUCCAAUGACGAGUAUCUCUGCAUGAAAGUGCUCCUCCUCCUCAGCACAGUACCAAAGGACGGCCUUAAAAGCCAAGCUGUGUUUGAUGAAAUCCGCAUGUCGUACAUCAAGGAGCUGGGCAAAGCCAUUGUUAAACGCGAGGAGAACUCCAGCCAGAACUGGCAGAGGUUCUACCAGCUCACUAAGCUUUUGGACUCAAUGCAGGAGAUGGUGGAGGGGCUUCUCAACUUCUGUUUCUACACAUUUGUGAAUAAAUCUCUGAGCGUGGAGUUUCCUGAGAUGCUGGCGGAGAUCAUCAGCCAUCAGCUACCAAAAUUUAAAGACGGGAGUGUCAAGCCUCUUCUGUUCCAUCAGAAAUGACAGCCUUAAGAUCAUAGAAAUGCCUUAACCCCACCCUUUUCUUACCAGCGCUAGUCCAGCCUGCCCGUUUCCCCCCAAACAUCCUGAAUGAACUGAGGAAUACAGUCGCUUUUGCUUGCUUCUCAGAGGAAAAAGGUGAAGUGCGCUCUUCAGAAAUGUUCAUGGAGCAGGAAACAGGACAAAGUCGUGUACUUGGAGCAGACGGAAUAUGACUUUGAGAAGUUAGGUUUUUAGUGAUAUGUUCUCCUUUUUUUUUUUUUUUUUU